UCAAUUGCAUAAUAAGUGCAUCGGCCGAGCACUGAUAAGCGUUUUUUUGCCAUAUCUAACGGUACGCCCGGCCGACAUAGGUACUUAUCGCCAUAACUUAGCCGGCUUGCUUAUAGUAAACAACAUCGGAGUAAUUAAAAUUAAAUUCGUAAGAAAGUGUUUUAGUUUACAUUAUCUCAUUGUGCUGGUGUUGUUAGUGGAGCAGAGUGUUGAAAGUGCUACAGAAGGUAAAUACUAAGUGCAAUUUAAAAUGAAUGAAGCCUUGAUUAAAGAGUUAGUUAAGAAGAGGGGUCAUAUUAAGUCGCGAUUAACUAAAUUUUCAGGUUAUAUACGCGAGUUAGCCGAAAAAUCAUUGUGUGCGGCUCAGGUGACGGAACUGCAACUUCGGAUUGCUAAAUUAGAAUGUGUUUACAACACGUAUGACGAGAUUCAAACCAAGUUGGAGUAUAUGGUUGAGGACGACGAGGCCCAAUUGGACGAGCGGUCUGAUUUCGAGGAUUUGUACUACUCGUCAGUCGCGGCGGCUAAGGAAUUGGUAACCAUGCAUACCAAGGUCGCGCCUAGCGAUGGGGGUUCCGAUAAUAAUACACGGCGUCAUCCACAUGUAAAAUGUAAGUUACCUACCAUUUCUUUACCCAAAUUUGGAGGCUCGUAUGAUACAUGGCUAGAGUUUCGCGAUACAUUUGAUAGUUUGAUUAAUAAUGACGACUCCAUCGAUAAUGUAAACAAGUUUCAUUAUUUGCGGGCUUCAUUAGAAGGCAGUGCCGCGGUAAUUGUACAAUCAUUAGCAUUGUCUAGUAGUAACUAUAAGAUAGCUUGGCAAUUAUUAUGCGACAGAUACAAUAAUAAGCGGUUAUUAGUAAAUAAUCAUAUUAAGGCCAUAUUUAACUUAAACCCAAUUACCAAGGAAUCAUCGGCAGCUAUUCGCCAUCUUAUAGACACGAUAUGCAAAAAUAUACGUGCGUUAGCGACCCUUGAUGAACCAACCACCCAUUGGGAUACAUUAUUAGUGUAUAUAAUAUGUCAAAAACUUGACAAUGUUACUAGACGUGAGUGGGAGGAGUUUGUGCCUAGUUGCGAAACAAUUACUUUCGAUGCUAUCAUACAUUUCCUCAGCGAUCGUGCGGAUCUAUUGGAAACCAUGGCGAUGGAGGACCCCGGACGACGCGCGUCCUGGCCGCUCGCCGCCGGCGCCGGCGCUGCCCCCGCGGCGCACGCGCGCUCCGCCGUGCGACGGGUAAAGGAAAAAUGUUUCGUAGGACUAGAUGAACGUGAAACCGAUACUGAGCGAACCAAAUGGAGGAGAAUGAGAUAUCAAGUCUAA